GAAGAGCAAGACAUCUCAGGAAGAAACAGCCUGAAGAGCAGAGAGCAGCUUGGACCAAGACUCAGCACAAAGAAAUCAGCAUCUUUCUGACUCAGGUUCUCGUUCCCUGUGGAGUUUGCCCAGCUGAGCCUUAGCCCUUGAGAAGCAAAGUAAGCUUCGCACAUCUCCAGCAGACAAGCGGAAGUUUCACUGCGUUUUCAGACAUGAAGAAAGACGGGGCAGAGAUUCAGGCCCUGUACGAGCAGCAGGGGUACCUGUCGGCUCUUCCUAUCCUCAGUCCAGAAGAACUGCAGCAGGCCCGGGAUGCCUUCGCUGAGCUGGAGAGAAAGCAUGGUGAAGAUUACACCGCUUACAGCCUUCAUAAUAUCCACAUGGAGUGUGACUGGGUGAUGGCCCUCGCCAAGCACCCUAAGCUUCUGGAGGUGGUCACAGCGGUUCUGGGGCCUGACGUCAUCCUGCUGGACUCCAGAUUCAUUUGUAAAUAUCCAGUGUGUAACAAGCCUGCUAAAACGCAGGAAAUCCAACCGAACAAUACCUGUUCUAAAGAAAAGGACGGCACUGAGAAGACAGAUGGAAUGCCGUUUGUGGCCUGGCACCAGGAUAUGAAGUACUGGGGCUUUGAUGGCGGUCCCGUUCUGUCUGUCUGGCUUGCUCUGGAUGACUCAUGUGAGGACAAUGGAGCACUGCAGGUUAUUCCAGGAAGUCACCACUCUGGUCUGCUGCCCCAUCACCAGUCAAAACGAUCUGGCAACAUGCUGAGUGUCAAUCAAGAGAUCCCGGAGGAGCUGGUGGAGACGGAGAAGACCAUCUUAUGCCCUCUUCAAGCUGGUCAGAUGUCUAUCCAUGAUGGACUUCUGGUCCACGCUAGCGAUCCCAACACAUCUAAUAGGAGGCGCUGUGGCUAUGUCAUCAGAUAUGUCCCUACAUGUACUUAUCCAAUCCAGGACCCUGAGCGUCCCAGGACUUUUCCUGCCACAGUGCUGGUCAGCGGUUUUGACAAAUACAACCAUUUCUCCAACAAAACCUCCAAACUGUGAACGGCUUAUGCUGGCCUCUUUAUUUAAGCCAUGGGUGCUUAACACUCUAACGGUGUGUGUGUCAAAUGAAACAGUAGUAUAUAAUAUAUAUAUUUUUCUGUUAUUUUUACUAUUAACAAUAGUUAACAUUACUCUUGACAAACAAUGUAUCAUUUGAAAUUUUAUAUUUAUAAGCCAUAAAUAUUUUUAUUUAAAAUUUGGGUAUGUAUCUU